AUGCUCCGCCCUGGGCUGAAGUCGCCUGCCUUUGGCUGGGGCGGCGUCAACGCCUCCAUGACGGGCAUCUUCCUUUCCACGGACGGCCCCACUGUAAGGGUGAAGUGGCCGACGCACGAGAGCUGGAAGGGCAAGCAAGGGGAGGUGGUGAGGGCCGAUGCGCGUUGCGGAGGCCGGCCUCCCAUGGUGAGGCUCUCAGAGGCCUCACAGGCCUUUGUUGCCCGGGGCGGCAUCCUGGCUGACAAGAUCGGCUACGGGAAGACCGCCACCAGCAUCGCGCUCAUCGACCGGCAGCUCCGGGCGCCCGUCCCCCCGAUCCCGGAGGUGGACGAGGGCCACUUCUUGCCUGCCCAGGGCACAUUGAUCAUCGUACCGUCCAACCUCUUCGAGCAGUGGAUCAACGAGAUCUCCAAGUUUGUCUGGGAUGGCCGACCGCUGAGGCAGCAGAUGAAGGGCGGCUGGUCCCCUCCUGGGUGCCCUCUCAAGAUCUUCGCCAUGAGCAACGUCAGCCCGCUCUCAAGGGCCACGGCCAGCCAAGUGAGCGACGCGGAUGUCGUGAUUUGCUCCUACCGGCUUCUCUACUCUCAGAUCUACUUGAAGCGACGCGAGACUCUCUGCGGCAACAGCAGCUCGGACUCGCUCUGCAACCUCCCGAGUCAGAUCAAGGGCCUCCUGCAAGGCCGUCUCGGCUUGCCCAGUGGCCGGAAGGCCGGUCGGGGCGAGGUUGGCGAGGUCGCCCACAAGUUUCCGGUCCUUGAGAUGUUCUAUUGGAAGCGGAUCAUCUUUGAUGAGUUCCACGAGCUGGAGAGUUUCGAGAGCACGCAGCAGAACAGCCUGCAGUUUCUGCGAUCGCAUUUUCGCUGGGGGCUGACGGGCACGCCUCCCGUUGACACCAAUGCAGGCUUGCGGUUUGGGGCCGCUCAGAGGGAGCUUUCAGAGCGCCAGCACCUGCCAGCAGCUGCCAGAGGCCCCAUCUUCAUGUCCUCGCUGUUCCGCGUGGACCUCCCGGGCGACCUGCAGGUUGCCGGAGUUGCCGGGAUCGGCGGUGCGCGGCGAACGCCUCUUGCGGAGCGUGCUUCUGACAGGCAAGCGGUCCUGUGGACCUGUUGCAGUGGGAGGCUGGCGAAGAAGGUUGGAGAAGAGCAGAUCGGACGUGUGCUUGGCGCGCAGUUCGACAAGCUGCUCACCGACACGGCCUCGAGCUUCUUGGACUCUUUCGUGCGGCAGAAUACGGCAGAGUUGGCAUCGAUCCGGCUUGAGGAGCACGUGGUCAUCGUCCGUCACACUCCCGCAGAGAGAGCGCUCUACUUGGGACAAGCGCACGAGGCACCAGACUUUCACAGCAUGCGUCGAGCCCUCAAAGAGAACAGUGCUGAGAGCCAUGAGAAGCUGGAGUGUCUUCACCCGAAGUUUCUUCUUGCCGAGGAGACUGUGGCCGCACUGGAGCGGCUGCUCAAGCUCUGCUCACACUUCCAAGUCGGUGGCAAUGACCAAGUUGGCAGCGCUCACCAGGAGUGUGAGCGGAUCUACGACCAGAAGGAGCGUCGCCUGGUCCGGGCCAGGAACCAAAUGAAGCGCUGCUGCCGUGUCCUUGCCCUGCUGCAGCACCUGCUGCCCAAGACGGCGAAGGCCAAAGCGUGGCAGACCACACUGCAGAAUGCCAAGGAGACCUUGCUGAGCGAGGGUGAUGCUGCCAAGCCCUUUUGCGAGGAGCUGGACCGGGAGCUCCUCGCUGCCCGAAGCGAAGACAGCGAGCAAUGGCUUUUGGCACUCGACGGGCACAAGCCGCGAAGCGAGGAGCUGCUGGUGUUCUUGGGCCCGGAGGGCCCAAAGCGAGGCUGCUUGGAAGAGUGGCGUGCCCUCCUGGAAGGUCCGCCGGUCGAGGCGAAAGUGCUGGAGCGGCUGCUGUUGGCCCAGUCCACCGAGCAGGCGCAGAACCUCCGGGAAUUCUACGAAUCGGCCACCUCCAUGGACUUCUUCCGUCGGACGGUGGCGGCCCUGGGCGGAACCAAGCCGGAGGACAGGAGCUGCUCCGUCUGCCUGGAAGACAACCUUCCGGUGCAGAAGAUGGCGAUCACGCCAUGUGCGCACGCUUUCUGCAUCAGCUGCUUGCGAGAAGCUGUGGAAAAGUUCGCAAAGUGCAGCUUAUGUCAGCGGAAUCUGUCGCUGCGGGACGUGCAGCCUCUUGUGGCGGAGAUGGAAGCCGCUGCAGCACCGGCUGAGAAGGCAGUCAUCCUCUUCGUUCAGUUCGAUGAUCUGAAGCGGAAGGUUUACUCCGCUCUGACGGAGUUCGGAAUUCCGUGCACGAUGCUGCAAGGUGGCGUGGGCACGCGAGCGGGCAUCAUCCGCGACUGGCAGAACAAUCCACAGUCGCGCACCUUCGUCCUGCUGCUCUCCUUGACGCAGAGUGCCUCAGGUACCAACUUGACGGCGGCCAGCCAUGUGAUCUUCCUCCAUCCCAUGCUGGCCCCCACAGCAGAGAAGGCUGUUGGCUACGAGAUGCAGGCCUCAUGCGAUCAUACGUGCCACAUACUGACCACGUACUGA